AUGAGCGGGCGACAGCAAACAUCAACCGGCUCGGGACAGGGAUCCACCAACUGGUCUCAGUCCGGAGUCCUGCGCUCGGUCUCGGAAUCCCAGGAUCCACGGCAAGCGGCAUUCACAAGACUUCGCGAAUGUAUUCCCCAAGACGAGGACCAGUGGCGAGAAGCAAGGGAAAGACACGGCUUCUCAACCCCAGAAGAGAUCCACGCAAAGGUAUCAGCCAUAAUCAAGGACGAUCCAUCACUACCCGAGGACUUGCGGAAGUUUUUGCAUCUCGCUUCCUGUUGCGUAGGUCGAUAUUGCGGAGAUGAGGCCAAGUAUAGCAAAUAUCGGGGUCGUGUUCAUAACGAGCACCUCUCUGAACUUACUAUCGACCGCAAUAUGUCUGUGGUGCAAGAUAUAAUAUCCUCGAUGGAUGAGUUAUAUCCCAUCUUGCAGCACCGCGUCUUUGAGAUUAUGUUGCUUUAUGCACCUCUCAAAAUAAGCCUACUCAAGUACUUCAGGCAGGACAAAGACAGGUUCAAGUCAUGCUUCCCGACAAGCACGAUAGUAUCUGAGGAGCAAGCGUAUUUUCCUCUCUCCCCGCCAGACUUAAUCGUACUUCGAUACCCUCAGCAAUACACGUAUGUUUCCCCUCCCCUCAAGUACAGUCUGGCUUAUUAUAAUAGCUACGAACAAGCCCACGGGGCCCUCAAUGUCGGUGCUCUUUCGAAGUCUGAGCACCUCAGGCUAGCCGAGGCCCUGGAAAACAGAAAGACACUGUCGCGCGUCCCCCCAGAUUCUCAUUCCGUAAGAAAGGGCCUCUAUAAUACCGUCCUGGAUGUCUGGUUUGACGGUGAUGUUAAUCUGCUUGAGUACCUCAACACAGAGGUCAUCUUUACCACCCCUAACCGCAUUACCGGCUACAAGGUAUUUGAUAUCCCAGAGGGCAUCCAGAAAGAAGCAGCUUUAGCAGGAGAGGACCAGGAUAACUGUGUUCGUCAACCAGACAUGCGCAGUGUAGUUCUUUUUAGAUUUCGCUGGUCUCCGCGGCUCAGCAUCGUUGCUAAGCACAUCUACAGUAAAUUAGUACGUCGCCUUUCACCAGCGAAGUCAAGAAGAAAACUAACGAAUGAGGUGAAAUCGAAUAUCCUAAGCUCAGGGCUUGCUCAUGGGAACCAAUUUUACUUUCGGCACGAGUCUGGUGCAAUGAGGGUUCCUAAUGGAUGGCUCUGCAUCCUCGUACCUACUAUCCCAACCACUGAGAAAGUCACGAUAACAUUGACCUACGGAGCUGUUAAGGAGGAUAUUACGUGGUGCAAUAGCUCUGGGUUGCUUCUAGGACCAGGCACAACGCUGUCAAUACCAAGCAGGGUCUAUUAUAUCUGGAUAAGCCUCCCUCUUGAUCCGGACUGA